CUCUCUCAUCCACUUCUCUCGCCUCCUUCUCCUUGGGAAUCAGGCAUGUCCUGCUACAACCAGUGCCAGCCCUGCUGCCAGCCCUGCGGCCCGACCCCACUGGCCAGCAGCUGCAAUGAGCCCUGUUGCAGGCAGUGCCAGAACUCCACCAUUGUCAUCGAGCCCUCCCCCGUGGUGGUGACCCUGCCCGGCCCCAUCCUCAGCUCCUUCCCACAGAACACCGUGGUGGGCUCCUCCACCUCCGCUGCUGUUGGCAGCAUCCUCAGCUGUGACGGAGUGCCCAUCAACUCUGGGUGCUGUGACCUCUCCUGCAUUGCCAGCCGCUACUGUGGCAGCAGAUGUCGGCCCUGCUAA